CCCACAAACAAUUUUCAGAUAGAUGUGUGGAUUUUAUUAAUUUUAAAUACUGCAAAGGAAUGCUGUUUUAACAUCUUGCGCUCUGUAUAUUCACGUGGAUUUUUAAAAGUGAUGAUUUCAAUUUGGAUUUAAUUUUUUAUGAAAACUUAACUGUCUACCGGAAUCAGAUUUAAACCAAAAAAAAAAUCUUACGCUGAAGUUUAGAAGAAACAACUCGGAAACAUCGGAUUAUAGGUAUUGGAUUUCAGUGUGCAACAUAAUGUAGAAGAACAUCACAUGGGACAAUAUCCCUUCAAGAAAUGGGCUACAUUCAGACUGUAACCAUUCUAUCUAUCAUCGCUCUGAAUUUUGUGUUCAAGCCUGUUUUGUCUGCAACAACAACAACAGCACCUGCAACAGGAAAGGCCCCAUCCUUGAAAGCGGAUGACGAACCAGUAGAGAAAAUUAAAGUAAAUGAAGGCUCGAAAUUGAGACUACGAUGUAAAGGCCCUGGAUAUCCAAAACCAUUUAUAACCUGGUACAAGGAUGGAGAAAAGAUAAAAAGAAAGGAUAUUAAAAGACUAAGAGUGAAACCAAAUUACCUGCUCAUAGUAAAACCCAGAGAAGAGGACAGUGGGGAGUACGCCUGCCACCGACAAAACCAGCACGGGGAGGUGUGGAAAAAUUACACGCUUACCGUCAAAACUGAAACAAAACAUGAGGAACCAAAUGUUGUUGACUGCAAGACUCCUGGUCCACCACAAUUUCGAGACAAAAGUCAACUAAAUGAGUGGAUAGCACGACCCUCACAGGCUUCAGCAGAAUUUAAAUGCAUGGUGUGUGGCAAUCCGGAGCCAAAAGUCACUUGGUUUGCUAAGGGACAAGGCAUUAAUGCCAGCAUCAGUGGAAAGUACAAAGUAAGAAGGAAGACAACAUUGGUAGUGGAUGCUGUAUCCAAAAAAGAUGAGGGGUUAUACAUGUGUGUUGUGGAGAAUGAACAUGGCUCUGUCAAUCAUACAUACGAACUUAAGGUCAUAGAUCGAGUGCUGACAAAGCCUGUGAUUCAAGGCCCUCUGAACCAGACUGUGACCUAUCUGGACGAUGUGAAAUUUCAGUGUAAGGUGGUCAUGAGUGACCUUCAACCUCACAUCCAGUGGUUGAAACAUUACCAGGUCAACGGAUCAUUCACCAAUGAGGAUGAAGAACCAUACGUCCAUGUAAUACAGAAUUUACAACAGGGCAGGAAGCAAUCCUCCUUCAACCUCACUCACCCAGAAAUCCUGUACAUCAGAAAUGUAACGUACGAGGAUGCUGGCUGGUACACAUGCUUGGUGACCAACUCCAUGGGGCGUGCUUACCAAAGUGCCUGGCUGACUGUUGAAGAUUCAAAAUGUGAUAACUGCACAAAUUCCACAGAUGUCUCACUUGCGGAACCUGUCCCUGAGACAGCCAAAGUCAUCCAGAAGGUUCCCCCUCCCAGGAACAACAUGACCCUGGUCAUCAUCAUCACUACCGUCUGUGUGUCUGUCCUUCUUGUCGUCCUGGUCAUCUUCGGCGUGUGCUGGAGGAGGUGGAGACUGAGGGGCAAAAAAUUCACCAACGUCAAGAGGGUCAUUGUCAUGAGACCGAAUGAGAUUUACUACCCCAAUAAGAUAGGGCAGGAGGGCCAGGCUUUGAUUGUUCCACAAGUUCGUAUCGAACAGACGAGUCAACGGCGACGUCUGUCCUCAGAUCUUACUGUUAUGUCAGAGUAUGACCUACCUCUGGACAAAAACUGGGAAUUCUGUCGGGAAAGACUUGUCAUGGGCAAAACGUUAGGUGAGGGAGCGUUUGGGGUCGUGAUAAAAGGUGAUGCGCAUUGUAUAAAUGGCAAAAACGGAGUUACUACAGUGGCAGUAAAAAUGUUGAAAGAGGAUGCCACAGAUCGAGAGUUAACAGAUUUGAUUCAAGAGAUGGAAGUCAUGAAGCUUAUUGGAAGUCACAAAAACAUCAUCAAUUUGUUGGGCUGCUGUACUCAGAAUGGUCCUUUAUAUGUGAUUGUGGAAUAUGCUCCCAAUGGAAAUCUACGCGAUUUCCUUCGUAGCAGGAGACCCCCAAACAGUGGAUACGAAAAACCUGUGGGUGAAGACAACACAGCAAAAGAGACUCUUUCUGAGAAAGAUUUAAUUUCAUUUUCAUAUCAGAUAGCUAGAGGAAUGGACUACUUAUCUUCACGCCAGUGCAUACAUAGAGAUUUAGCUGCCAGAAAUGUGCUAGUUGCCGAGGACUAUGUGCUAAAAAUAGCUGAUUUCGGCUUAACAAGAAAUGUGACAAACAUUGAUUACUACAGGAAAACAGGAGACGGUCGUCUUCCAGUGAAAUGGAUGGCUCCGGAAGCUUUGUUUGAUAGAAAAUAUACCUCAAAAAGUGAUGUAUGGUCAUAUGGAGUGCUUCUGUGGGAAAUCUUCACACUGGGUGGAAACCCUUACCCGUCGGUUCCUGUGGAGAGACUGUUUGAAUUACUGAGGAGUGGUCAUCGGAUGGAGCGACCGCCCUACGCCUCUAAAGAGAUCUACAAUUUGAUGGGUAACUGCUGGGCGGACAUGCCCGCUCGACGUCCUACAUUCCUCUCCUUAGUCAAAGACCUAGAUAAGAUGUUGACAUGUCGAGGGGAGGUGAGUGAGGACAGAAUGAAGGACACCGGAAAGUGCUUGGCUCGGAUUAUACAUGAGUAUCUUGAUUUGGAGCCAGGAGUGACAUCCCCUCUUGAAACGCACAUCAGUACAUCAGAUAGCCAGUAUUCCUCAAUGUCUCGGAGUUGUAGCAGUGUGUCCGAUGAAGUGAUCAGCCACACAAACAUUAGCAGUAGUAGUGACUCCGACAAGGAUGACGUGUCAUAGGGGAGAAACCUGUCUCAAUUUUAUAGGAUCGGCAGCUUUAUUUCACUGUUAACUUUACACAAUGCUGACGACAUCACAAAGUUGAUGUUCGUAGUUCUGGAGACCAGUGUGGGUCAUUAGUGAAUGCCAUAACAGACACCCUUAGUGACUUGAACCUUAUCGUUGCAAUCAGAGAAUAUCUAUGCAAACUGAAACUAGCAAGCAUCAGUGCCUGCUUAAAGACCUCUAAACUGACGAUGGAGGCACACAGUUAUAAUGAAUGUUGUGAUGUGUUCCGUCAACAUAGGGCAUAUAAUUGCUUUUAAUUUACACUCAGUAUGUAUUGUGACAUCAUAAUCAUCUGAUAGUCCCAUAAUGCAUCAUUGUGCAGAAUGUCAGUCAGUCCUUGGUUUAAAUGUUCCAUAACUGUGUUCUUGGGUAAACAGAGGCCAGUGUUCAUACACGUGUUCACUUUUUAAAAGAUCUGAAGAUCAUAUUGUGACACAGUACACACAGCAUAAUCACACAACGUAACCAAGGAAAAGUAAGCCAGACUUGGAAAGUAAUCUCUCAAUCAGUAUUCUGAACAUUCAUCAAUGAUCAAACGACUUGUACAAGUGCUUUAUAUACUACUUACCAAAUUUCACAUGAACAAACGUUCUGGUGAUUUUAUAAACUGAUGUAUGUCUAUAUUAAGAAUUCCACAUUCAUUGUAUAUAACAAAGUAGCAGUUUAUUUUGAAUGCAUUAAAUGACAGGAUUAGAAAUAGGUACAACGAAUAUUGUCAGUUUAUUUGUUGAAAUGCAUUGUAAAGAAAUCCAUCCAUAAUUUUAUUCUGUUAUAUUUUCUCUGUUGUAAUUAGGUAUGUUGACUUCUGAUGCUAAAUUUGAUGCCAUUAAUGGUAUUUGAAACACAUUUAAAAAAUUGUAACAUUCAUUUUAUAUUGGUAGUUUAAAUAUUGAUGUUGAACAUAUUUAGCAAAAUUGGGGAGAAAAAAAAUCAGCAAUCUUAAAAAUGAAUAUCUGUUAAACAAAAUUGGAUUUAAAAAAACAAUUGAAAUGUAUGCAAAUAACGUGUAGCAGUUCUUAAUGAGCUUGUUUAUUUAAUGUGGACAUGGGAGAAAAAUCUAUUGUUUGUUGAUUAUUUGAAUUAUUGUUAUGGUUUAUUUUUUUGUGUGUGUGUUCAAUGCAUAUAUAUGCCUUUUUAAUAAUUGUGUAAUUAAAAUACUUUUUUUGUGCCUGAGGCAGACAGACAAAAUUGACAAACCAUUUUUUAACUACAGGACUUUGUAAUUCACUGACUGGCAUUAUUUUAAUAUUUCUCAAAUGGUUCCCUUGUGUUAUUGACAAACAUUUGGGAAACUGUCUCUCCAAAUGUGAGCAGUAUUUUUUGAACCAGAUCUGUUCAGUACCUUUAUUAUUAUUAAAUUUUGCCUUACUUUUGUUUUUUUACAGGUGAGGUUGACAGUCCUUUUAUUUUAUUCACUGCCAAGAAAUUGAGCAAUUUUUAUUUUUAACCCCAGCAUAUUAUUAACCAAAUUUGUGUUCAUUUUACAACAGAUAUUUUAGUAGUAUGUAAGCUUGUUUUUGUAAUUUUACGUAAGUAACAGUAUAUUAUUAAUUGUAUUGGCUGGUCCAGAUAAGACCUGCAUUGUCUUACCUUUGACUUUUAGGUUGUAUGUUUGCAGAGGCAAACUUGUUUUUUUUUUUUAAAAUUUGCAAUGGUUGUUGAACAGUAUACAUGCUCCUGUUUAUAAAUGUGAUGUUACAUUUCAUUUGUAUAAGUAAAUAGGUUGUGUCAUUUUUUUUCUUUCUCUACAGGCAAUUUUAUUCUUAAAACUUUAUUACUGAAAGGGAUUACUAGCAAAAAAAAAAAAGUAAGAAAGAAAACAUUGAAUAAAUGAACAAUUUUACCUAUUGUAAGUUUCUGUAAAAUUCUGACACUAAUCCACCACCUGUGGGGGUAUACCCACAUGAUUCAUUUCAUAUUGCAAUUUUCUUUUUCGAGAUGUAAGUUUACAGUUCCAGUGUAUUAAUUUUUGUGUAUGUAGUAUUUUUUUUUUUGGUCUUUGUGUCUUUGAUUUGUCAUGCUGUUGAUCAAGAUGCCAUGAAAAGAAUUGUUAAAAUGUUGAAAAGAAACUUAUAAUGUUUAUAUUUGUAAUGAUUUGUUGAAACUUUUCUUGAGUAUACAAUGUGACCUAUAAAGAAAUAGGAGAAUAAAGUUACCUUACAGCUUCAA